AUGGAUUCGCAAAGCAUUUCCAACAAGAACGAUUUGCGCUUAGACAUUGCAGCCCCGUCAAGCUGGCAAUACAGCCCUGGCGACACGAUCAUCGGGAACGUCGUGCGACAAUCGCCCAUUGUGUCUCCGGAGGCCACAGUCAAUAUAUGGCUAACGGGGAUAAUGAGAGUUAGAAUCUUGCGAGAUCUUGGCACCGGAACCAACGACCGCUGGGGAGAAAAAGAUGCCUAUGUUGAUAAAUGGACUCUGAUUAACUCAACGGAACAGGCCAUUUUCAAUGGACCUCUGCAUCAUCCUGAAAGUACCGAAGAGCCAGUCGCCUGGCCCUUCUCUGCAUCUAUUCCCAGCAAACCCAAAGCAUUUAUUACCCAAGGCCAUCUGCCGCAGGCGACCUUCCUGCCUUUUGACAAGGAUCACGAGGCGUUUCAUGUCUUGCCCGGAUCGCUACGUACAACAUGCGAUGGCUACUCAUCAAAGUCAGAGGCCCUGGUUGAAUAUAGGCUUCAUGCUGAACUGAAUUAUGAGCGGGGUGGCUCUAGACGGGUCGAAUAUGCGACCGUUCCCAUCACACUAAGGCAUGCCCCAGGGAGCAUCGACCAGAAACGCAGCUCGAAUGGAGGUCUUUCACCCCCUACGAAGGUGCAAAGCCAUCGCCUGAUGCCGGGUAUGGAGGAUACAGAGUUGUCAUUUCGACAGAAGACAAAGAAAUUAUUUGGGUCAUCGAAGGCCCCUCAGUUUUGGUUUGAAAUUGUUAUGAAAUCGCCGCCAGUCGUCCAAUUCGACAAUCCAGCACCGUUGCCAAUUAUCUUGAGUAUCGGAGCUCUCAAGGGGGAGGGACGAACAAGCAGCAGCAUUGAAGAUAUCCCACAGCGAAUCCAGAUUAAUUAUGUUAAGAUUCGGAUCCAGAGUUGGACAACAGUUAUCGCUUCGGGCAAUCUCACCAGCAGAGCGCAUACAGACCGGCAGAGCUUUGACGUGAACUUUCACUCCGAAGAUCUGUUUAAGAGUCUUGAAAGUCCUUUGGCGGUUUAUUCCUCCGGGAAAGCAAAUGAACCUAUCGAUAUUGGCAAUAUGUUUCAGCUCGUUCUACGGAGGGACGGUCUCUAUACAAAUGGAAAGAGAUGCUCAUGGACGCUCACACCCACUCUUUUCCCCGAUCUUCUUACUUUUGCUAUCAAACAUACCCACCAGGUUGAGUAUAGGAUCAACCUCACAAUUGCGGGAGAGACACUUGAGGUGAAAGUGUUUGCACCCUUAAAAAUUAUAGAAGCCGCUUAA